AUGCGCGCUUUGGGGUACGAGAACGUCACCGAGGUGAGCUUGUGCAGAUUCGGUAAAUCGUUCAUGACGACGGCGCUCGGAUCGACGGCGACGGCGCCGCUCGAGCCGAGCGUCGCGUUCACCGUCGAAGACGCGCUCGCGAACGCCGCGGGCAAGAGCGAGAAGCAAUGGGAAAAGAAGUCGAAGAAGAAGUCCAACGUCGAACUAUCGGAACGGUUUAGUAACCCGGACGCCUUGCGCGUGGCCGUGGACGUCUCGUACGAGCAAGAUUCCACGCGAGCGAGACGCAGCGUGGCGAAGCAGCUCUGCGAGUGCGUCGGCAUCGCGCACCGCGAAGACGCACUCGCGAUGACGUAUUGUGACUUCAGCGGUCCCAUCGCGGAAGAGUCGCGAGAGUUUUUCUUCAGCGAUCGAUGGUCUUCGGUGAAGAUGGACCCGCGAAGCGUUGAGGAGGCGUUCGACGCGCGCGACGUCGUGUACAUGUCGCCGGACGCUUCCGAGGUUUUGGAUGAAGUGGACGCGAGUAAGGUGUACGUGGUCGGAGGCAUCGUCGAUUUAGCGACGCGAGGGAUGCGGACGAGCCUGACGCGAGCGAACGCGAGUUCGUUUCGAUGCGCGCGAUUACCCAUUCGCGAACACAGGCCCGAGCAAACGCACACCGUCCUCAACAUCGACGCCGUGGUGAAAAUUCUUUGUGGACGGCAUCGUGGAGAGUCGUGGGACGACGUUUUCGAUCGCGAGCUCCCGAAGCGACAGGCGGCGGAGAGACCGAAGCGCGAGCGCCGCGAACGACUCGCGUAA